AUGAAUAGCAUUAAUUGGCGAUUAGUUGCUGCUCUGUUUGUCUCCUGGGUUAUAGUUGUGGCCGCACUCAUCAAAGGGAUCCAAUCUUCGGGGAAAGUUGUGUAUUUUACGGCAACCUUUCCAUAUGUUAUACUUAUUAUUCUGUUCAUCAGAGGAAUAACACUUGACGGAGCUAUAGAUGGUUUGCGUUAUUACGUGACCCCCGAGUGGAGCAGAGUUAAAGACCCGGGAGUCUGGAGGGAUGCGGCCGUUCAGGUGUUCUAUAGCUUUGGAAUAGGUUUGCAUUUCUUAUAA